UCUUAUCGGGAAUUGUUUUUCUAGCCUGCCUAUUUAAUGGCACUAAAGAAGUAUCAGCACGCUUGCUUGAUAGGAACUGUGGAAUAUCAAAGCUUAAGGAUAUAGAGGCUCAUAUUCAUAAUGCGGCACUCUCAUCACAACACGUGGGCUUAGUUCUUACGGCUGCGCAUUGCAUUUAUUUUGAUGACAUAUAUUUGCACUUGGGCGAUUAUUUAAUCGUAGAUCCCUACCCAGAUUGCAGUUCGGGUAAUUGCAUACCAAAGGCGUAUAAUUAUAAAGCCGAUAUGAAAUUCAUUCACAGAGAUUACAAAGGAAUUCCUACAGAUAGAGAUAGGAAGUUCGAUAUAGGUAUGUAUCGAAUGGAGAAAGAGGUGACAUAUUCAGAAUAUGUUCGACCUAUAUGUCUACUCGUCGAUGAGCAAAUAUUUGAAGCUAAACAAUUUAACAUCACCGGCUGGGGUAAUACUAAGCAGGAGCAACCAGUCAACCGGAUUCUACAAACAGGGACAGUUUACCCACGGAACAAUUCCUUUUGUAAUAACAAGUAUGCAACUCAUAUUGACCAAUCCCAGAUAUGUGUCGGAAGUUAUACUGUCCAAUGUAAAGGCGACUCUGGAGGCCCACUAAGCUCAAUGAUGCCUUACGAAAAUACGAACAGGACUUUUCAGUACGGUUUGGUUAGCUUUGGUUCUGGUAAUUGCACUGAUGAAUCUACAUUGGGUGUUCUCACAAACGUAACCCAUUACAUGAAAUGGAUCGAGAAUGUAAUCAAGGUUUCCGAAAUUCAGUAUGCAGGUACCGGCGGUUUCUGGCACACAGUUACUAUAGUCGCACUCUGAUUCUGAAAAAUUAAUAUAAAUAAAUAAAAGCUGAAAGCAAAUAAGAAACGCUCGAAAAUCGCAAGUGAUAAACUCCA